AUGGCGCAGAUGGGGGGGUCUAGGGUGACGGGGGAGAGACAGGUGUGCAGGCCGCCGUGUCUGUCGAUGUCGAUGGAUCGUGUGGAGGCGGGGGUGGUGGAUUUGAGCGAGGAGUCCGCGUCGUUUUUGGCGGGCGAGGCGUGGGGCGCGGGGUCGUCGGUGGAUGGGGGUGAGGCCAGCGGCGAGUUGGCGGGACCGGAGGCCGCGGACGAGUCGAGGCAGCAAUCGGACGAGUUGGCGGCGUCGAGGCAGCAGUCGGACGAGUUGGCGGUGUCGAGGCGACAGUCGGACGAGUUGACGGCGUCGAGGCGACAGUCGGACGAGUUGACGGCGUCGAGGCAGCAGUCGGACGAGUUGACGGCGUCGAGGCAGCAGUCGGACGAGUCGGCGGCGUCGAGGCAGCAGUUGUACGAGAUGUCGGACUCGAUUGAUUCUUCGAAGGUGUUCGUGAGCGUCGAGCAGCUGAAAUGGGUCGCCUCGGCGGACAACAAGGAGGCGCCGAUUCCACGCGCUGGGAUUCGGUUGUUGAAGGGAUACGACCACAUCAUGGUGGACGAGCACUUGACGGACCGUCAGAUACAAGUUGGUCCGACGACGAUCAAGUUGAUCCGGUUGGUGUGGGAGAGUCAGCCGCAGAAUGUGAUCAUCAUCAAGAAGCGGAACGAGCCGGAGAUCACGGAGUUGUUGCGAGAGAUGGCGACCUGGUUGAAGCAGGAGAAGAACAUCAACGUGAUGGUGGAGGUGGACGUGUUGCAAGAAAUUCCGUAUUUGGAGAGUUUCGACGAGUCGGACAUACAGCACCUGGCGCAGAAGAUCGACCUGGUGAUUUGCCUGGGAGGGGACGGGACGGUGCUGCACGUGAACUACCUGUUCCAGACGGCGAUUCCGCCGGUGAUGGCGUUCAACUUGGGGUCGCUCGGGUUUUUGACGCCGUACAGGACCAAGAACUACAAGAGGGCGAUUUCUUCGGUGCUGAAGGAGUGCUACUUGACGCUGCGGUCGCGUCUGUUUUGCAUCGUGUCGCGUCAAAAGGACGAGGGGGAGAUCGUGGAGCGCCACACGGUUCUGAACGAGGUGGUGAUCGAGAGGGGGAAUUCCCCGUACCUGUCGAAUUUGGAGUGCUACUGCGACGGGCACCGCGUGACGACGAUUCAGGCGGACGGGAUCAUCAUUUCUACGACGACGGGGUCGACGGCGUACAGUUUGGCGGCUGGGGGGAGCAUGGUGCACCCGCAGGUGCCGGCGAUCAUUUUCACGCCGAUUUGCCCGCACUCGCUGUCUUUUCGGCCGCUGCUGUUUCCGGACUCGGUGGAGAUCAAGGUGCAGUUGCCGAACGACAGCCGGUCGAGCGCGUGGGCGUCGUUCGACGGGCGUUGUCGGACCGAGCUGGAGAGGGGCGAUUACAUCAUCAUUCGGAUUUCUAAGUGGCCGUUCGUGUGGGUGAACAAGAGCGACACGGUGGGGGACUGGUUCAAGAGCUUGGCGGAGUGCCUGCACUGGAACACGAGGCAGAAGCAGAAGCCGAUUUAUUAG